CUUCCAUUGCUGGAGUCUCUGGAAACCCAGGUUAAUGCGAACGAAGAAGUUACAACUAAUGGUGAUGAUGAUUUUGGAACAGACAUUGAUCCAAGUCAGGGAGCUGUUCUAUUCCAACUUCUUGUGCCGGAUGACAAGGUUACAGUUGUAAAAUUAAUACUCAAAAACGAGACCGAUGGCACAGUUCAAGACUAUCAAAUGACACUGAAAUAUAACUGUUAUCGUAGUAUUACCGUUUUCAAAAAUUCAGCUUGGAAAUGGAAGUUCGCCACCACAAAACUCAAUUUGCCCAUUGAUAAGGACUUUUCGUACCAUUACGUCAUAAGCACGUGGUGCAGACCGUUUUUUUCAGUUAAAGAUGUUGAAAUCAUUGACAAAACCUACAGAAAGGUUUCCUCACCUUCAACAACCUACGAUGUUUUCAAGAACGAAGACAGUUCUUUUCAGAAGGAAAAGUUGGCCCAAGGAACUGUGGUGUAUGCAGAUAUGGAACUCGAUAAAAUCACUGAAGACACAUUAAAAGAGUCGCUGAUGGCAACAGAAAAAAUGCAGUUUCCUGGAUCUUGUCACAAAGAACAUAUAAGGGGUAUUUUGAAUUGGAUCGAGGACACUGUCCAUCCCCGUGGCUACAAAUAUUAUUUGUUAACUGAUUCAAAAAUUAAGUACAUGACUGUUUUACUUGCAAAAGUAAUCCAGGUAAGCGGAGAGCUUGACAAACAUGUCUUAAAUGCUGAGUGCAUUAGACUGAUCAUUCACAGAAUGCAACAAGCAAAACUAGAAGAGUUUCCAACAUCUGUAGGUAAGAAUUUAGCACAAUGCUGCACGUGGUUGGUGAAUGCUGUUCAAGAGUCAUGGAUACACACAUGGGUUUACUUUUACAAGCUGUUUGAUGUGAAAACUCUCAUGAACAUGGAGACAAAGGCAUCACUACAAUGGACAAACAGGUCAUGGGAAGUAGAUAAGGGAAUCUUACAACAUGCUUUCGACACUCUGAAGGACCCCAUGGUAAUCAAAAAACUAGUCACUCGCUGUUUGGAGGAGAUACAAGAUACCCGUGUUUUGAAGAAGAUACUUGUCUUAUCCAGUGUAUACAUACCUGUAAAAGAUGGGAAUGAAGUAAUGACAUGUGCGGUGAACCAGCUAGACAGAAUACUCAGAAGUAAAAUGAAGACCAAGUUCAAACUCCUCUAUGAAAUCUGGCAAGAUAUGGCUUCUGCGAACUUGGAGGAAUUGACACAUAUUGCAAAGACAUAUAUAGUGAUGUUCUUAAGAGAUGAAACGUGGCCAACUAGGAACAAACAAGAAAUAAAGAAGGCAAUACUUAGUAGUCACCUGUAUACUACAUCCUAUGACCUAAGAGACGUCAUUCAAAACAUGGUCAAGCAAACUGGUUUCCCAGAUGUCUAUGAAACCUUCAUGGAAAUUAUACGACAGGGUGAAAUACUAGCCUGUGCUAAUGAGAAGGAAAUACAGACACUAUUUGAAAUCUGUAUCACGUCUUUUGCCCAGCAAAGUAAAACCAGAAGAAGUGUGAUCAAAGUUCGGCUCAUUUACAGAGUACUUGCUUUGACUACAACUUGCGAUCACUUAAGCUCAUACGAACAUUUGAAAAAGAACAUUGACUGUGUGGCAUAUGGAGUAGUCAAUUACAUUCCUCUCGACAUUAUGUUUAGUUCUCUGAUUCCUAAAAAGGGUGCUGAAUGUGAUUGGCAGCCUGUGGAGGUGAAAAUCAUGGCUCAGCAUAUACGCAAGCGCCUUUGUGAUGAUAAGAAAAGCGCAGGAGAGAGUAAAUGCCACGUAAAGGAGCUCAGAGGAAAGGACGGGAUGAUAAAUGUCUUGUCAAUUCCUAUCCGUGAUGUACUUCUUACCUUGUUGGACAUCCAAGAACUACCUUUUUCUCUAGAAAACAUGCCAACAGCAAGACCAUCUGCAAAAUUUGAAGCAGCGAUCAAGCAGUUAGUGAGUGAUGGAGAAUUCUGGUUAAUAGUUCUAACAGCGCUUGGACAGUAUGGUGAUGAGAUACGCCAACAUCAGAAAUGUAAAGCUGUCAUUGAAUCACUAUCCGCUUUCUCAGUUAGGGUGUUUGCAAAGAAUAUCACGGUCAAAUUUGUGAGACAAUGUCUAUUCAAAAACAAGGACACGUUAAUUGAGCUUAUGAAGAUCACCCCAUCCAAACACACAACAGACUGCAAAUCAUUGAAACAACAGUUCAAGCAUAUCUCUCAUGCCAAUAUCCUAUUGUGUAAACGCCUUGAUAAUCUCUGUCACCUUUUAAAGUGUGUAGAGCACCUUGCGUUUGCAAUUCAAGUUACUGAUGACAAAGACGUGGCUAAACGUCUUCAGGAGUUACAAAGAGAAAACACAGCAGGGUCAGUGACGUUAAAAGAAACGUCAGAAGAGGCAUGGUGGGGUCAUUUAUUUCCUUUAGUCCCAUAUGCAGAUGCCGUGCAGAUUUAUGUCAAUUCCAUGGCAUUUCUCAACAUUUGUCGCUCAAUCUUAGAAGGAACAUGCUCAGAUGUUUGUUUGCCAUCAUUACCAACAGUGGGUGACAAUGAGGAAGAUGAAGACGACGACGAUAGUGAGGAUAAAGUAAAUGAUACGUUGCAUCCAGUUGCUCGUACCAUGAUGAGUGUUUGGAAUCAACAUGAAGCUGUCGAUACACUGACGUUGGCAAGUCUGUUGAAAGAAGUCUGCAUACCAACGUUUCAAAAACAUUUCCACAUUUUACUUUCAGCCAAUCUGGAUGUUUCCACACAGGUGGUUCAGAGCAUGAUGGAAGGAGUGACCGACCAAGAGAGACUUAAUACUGAGCUUACCGAAAUCAGAAAAAUAUUUGGCAAGCCAGUUCCACGUAAAAUGGUCCAAGCCCUUACGAACUUUGUUGAGUUGCCAGACCUAAUUCAAAGAUCUUGCCAAUUAAAGUCAAUGUUUGGGACCUUCGGUGUGGACGAUGAUGAUGAAGAUGAUAUACAAAGUGCAAUAAAACAGUUGGCAAGUCUCCAAGCAAAGGAAAAUUUAACUUUGCAACAGUUGCAAGAUGCCCUUCAGACAGUGUCGGGAAUUGAAAAGGACUUUACCUCCGAUGAUUGGGAUAUUAUCGAACAGCUGGCAAGCUCACAGGAACUUAUAGAUUUCUUGAGCCCGCUGGUUGAUGAAGACUUACGUAAUCUCAUCGAUGCUGUAGAAGAACGAUCAGAACAGCACGUCGAUGAGUCAACUGUAUCAAACCUGAUUGAUGUGAAGCGUUAUUUGGAAGCUCUUCUUAAAGUACAUCCUCCUCAGCAAGGAAAGAAACUCAUAGAAGCUAUAAAGGAAAACCGGCAAUUGGCCAUCAAAGUCAAAGGACUUCCAACUAAAAUUGACUCUUGUGUGAAUAACGUCCAUGGUCUACGCGACCUGUACAAUAAUGUUGCCAAUCGUGGGGAGAUGACAAAGGAGAUCAUUUACAAUGCUCUUCAGCAAGGUGUUUACCAAUUCAGAUUAAAUGAAGAGAGUGGAAGUUGCAGCGUAGUGCUUUCCUACAAGAGAGGGAAUACUGAUCAGAUAUCGCAGGUCUCAUACGGUUUGAAUCAGUUGAAUGAUCUGCGCAGUAGAGCAUUACUUAUUGUCAAUACACGAAAAAACAUCGUUGAAGCAACAGCUGAGGAACAGUCACCAGAUCAUACAAGACUACCAGUUCCCAAUUUUGAAGAAUUUGUAAGCUGCGUGAACAUGGCAAAUGAUAUCAAAGAUCUUUGCAAUUGGCUUCAUGGAUCUGGUCAUUUUAGCUUCCGCCAUUUUGAAGAGACGGUUCACAGUAAGCAUGAACUAGAAAACCUAAAAACUCAUCUCAAAUCAAAAUUUAAACAGUGGCAAGCUGUUCUAAAAGAGGCAAGGGAGCGAUACUACUUUUUGAACUUCUUUCAUUCUAAGCAACUUCUGCAACUUGACCAGUUUUUCCAAGGUUAUUGCUUGUUCUCAGAAGAUCUAACCUUGCUCCUUCGCUUUGUAGACACUGAUAUUACUUUUGAUGACAACUUAACAGAUGCUUACCAUACCCCGCCAGAUAACAAGGACUUAAAAGCGCGACUUUUCCAUCUUGGAAUGGCUUUGGAGAAAAUUUUUAGUCAGAGGCUAUCACCUGGUCGACACAUACCAGGAAAAAAACAUCAACUCACCAAGUCAACUUUGGAUACAAAAGUUCGAAAAGGAAAUGUUUUUGUUGCAGAACUGGAAGAAGACAGCACAAAAACAAUACCAGUUCUUCUCAGAUUAUAUAGCAAUACGACCGGUGUAUUGCCAGAACCAAGUCAUGUUAUAUUUUGCCAUCAUGGAACAUCAUGGGAAGAGAUAGCUCUUUUUCUGCAACGUAGUACUGGGGCAAGUAUUCAUUUCAAAACUAACAAACUAUUCGUGUUAGCUAAUGUAGAGCUCCUUCCAACUGAAACACAAUUUCAGCUCGUUACUGAAGUCAAACGAAUCCAAGAACAUGAUCAUGAGUUCUUACUUGCUAUUAUUUGCCGGGGAGGAAGCUACCAUCACAUCAUUGAUCAGUUUUCUCCAAACUUUACUCACUGCUUGCAUGGCUUCACUGAUGCGGAAAUGAGCUCAUGUUUAUGCACGGGUUGGCCCGAAGUUGAGGUUGUGACGUCUUCGCAACCUGGUCUAGGUAAAACGGAAUACAUCAGAGACUUAGCUUUUCAAAAGAAUUUAGGAGUACGCAGCAUGCCUGUAAGUGGGCCAAUUGCCAAAGAGGUCCUUGUUGAGCAAUUGAAAGCACAAGCUGGGAUGCCCAAAGAAGUAUUACAUAUAGAUGUUUCAACAGUGUCUGACCCACAACUUCUAGAUACGUUCCUGUUUGAAGUUGUUGUCCUGGGAAUGGCUGUAUCAGGAACACACAUAUGUUUGACCCCAACGAAGGGAAUAGUGAUGGAAGUUGCCAACACUCAAAAAGACAAGCUCCGCAAUUCCUUGACUAUUUGCAGUUCUUUCUCCAGGACCCAUCUGGAAUGGAGAGGCUUCAACCACUUUAUUACGAGUAAGGAAGUCAAUAGUCCACUUCAAGUUGUCUGCCAUUAUUUAAAGGCGUUGCAGAGUAGUACUCUUGACAAUGUUGACAUAGUUCUGACAGGUCCCAAUCAUGUCAGUCCUAUACCGCCUGCGGAGUGCCGUCAACUUCUCGAAAAUUGCCUUGGAUCAAACCCAGAUCUGUCAUAUACCAUAGUCAACAGUUUUCUGGAGAUAUUUGCUCAAGAGUUGCGUCGAAUGUCUGCUUCAUUGUACUUCACGACAGGUAAUCUGAAAGCCAUGUUGGGAAAUGGUAGUAACGACGUUAGAAGCAAGUUCGUCCAAGCUCUCCUCGAAGUUUCUAAAGAUUUUACUGCUCGAUCAGUGAAAAACUUGUCUUCAGAGAGUCAAGUCAAUAAGAGCUCAGCGGCAGCCGCCUUGGUGGAUUUCAGGGGUAGCACCAAUGUUUCAGCAUUUCAAAUGGUAGCUAGAAUGCAGGGAAUGGUAAAAUGGGCUGAUAGUAACCAUUUACUAGUUGUAUUCCAUCGGCAAGACUCGCAAACAAUUUCGACGCUGUAUCGUGUCCUGAGCAAAGUCCCGUCAAAUAUCAGCAAGUUGUUCGAAACUCAAAUGAAACGCAAGCUCCCGGACUACAAUAACAUGUCGCAAACCAAAUUACAUACCAUUCUAGAGAAAGUAUGUAGGAGCACGCGUGUUCCAUUCAAGAAAGAAAAGUUACAAGCUCUAAGACAGAACUACGCUUUGACACCAGACAAUCUACUGAAGAUGAUAUUGGUUCACAUGCGCAUCAAGGCACAUAUUCCUGUUAUCAUCAUGGGUGAAACUGGAUGUGGAAAGACCACUUUGAUUACCUACCUCGCAAGAAUUUGUGAAGUUGCAUUCGAAAUCCUUAAUCUGCAUGCGGGAAUCUCAGAGGAAAACAUCAUCGAUUUUGUCAGUAGCCUGCAAGCACAAGCCAACAAGAAUCUAAAGCAGGAGGUAUGGGGAUUUUUAGAUGAAAUCAACACUUGUGACCAUCUUGGGCUUCUGAAUGAGAUCAUCUGCCACCAUUCCUUGAAAGGCCAACCCUUGUCUAACAAUCUGAUCUUCAUCGCUGCAUGUAAUCCAUACACCCUUAGAGAAAGCACAGUCAUAUCAGCUGGGCUGGAGAGUAAGCAUCGACGAGACGAAAUGUCAAAGCUUGUGUACCGUGUUCAUCCACUGCCAGAGACGAUGAUGGAUUUUGUGUGGGAUUAUGGAUCCCUUGAUAAGAAGGAUGAAGAAGCAUACAUCUGCCGUAUGCUAGAGGCUAAGGAUAACACGUUCGUAGAGCUGGUUGUCAUGUCUCAGGACUUUAUGAGAGAGGUGGAGCAAACCACAUACUGUGUCAGCCUACGGGAUGUCAAUCGUUGCCAGCACCUUGCCAAUUGGUUUACUGAGAUGUUGAAAAAAAAGAAAGUUGCCAAUGUGAAAGGCGAUUACAUCUAUAUCAACAAAGUAGAUACAAGAAGCAUGAUACUUGCCUUAGCUCACUGCUAUCAUUCACGAUUGACGAAAGCUGAAGACAGAAAAACAUAUCGUAAGAAUAUUGCUGCCAUACUGGGAAAAGCUAAACCCACAUGGAAUGUCACAGAAACCGACAUUGAAUGUAUGAUUCGAGCUGAGCAACUGAAUAUUCUGGAGAGAAUGCAACUUCCCGAUGGAAUAGCCAAGAAUGAAGCACUCCGUGAAAAUGUUUUUGUUAUGCUGGUGUCAAUUAUGAACAGAAUACCCGUUUUCGUAGUCGGAAAACCUGGAUGUAGCAAGUCUUUGUCUAUGCAACUUAUACGGAGUAACCUCAGAGGUGCCGACUCGAAGGACUACUACUUCAAAUCACUCCCACCUGUUUAUGUGGUGUCAUACCAAGGAUCAGAAUCUUCGACGUCAGAAGGAAUCAUCAAGGUCUUCGAUAAAGCCAAGAAUUACAAAAAACACAAUCCAGAUGUUAUGCCUGUUGUGCUUUUAGACGAAAUAGGUCUUGCUGAAGUUUCAAGUUUCAAUCCGUUAAAAGUGUUGCAUAGCCAAUUGGAACCUACUGUGGGAGGAUUUCCACCAGUAGCAGUGGUUGGAAUUUCCAACUGGGCUCUGGAUGCAGCCAAAAUGAACCGAGCAAUUCAUCUGUCCAGACCAGAGCCAACUAUCGAUGACUUGGAAAACACAGCUAAGUCUAUCCGUGAUGACAGUGCCAAGAAGAAGAGCAGAUCAAUCGUACAUCACACUGUCAGUGAGGAUAAACUUCGCAAACUUGCUGAAGCCUACAGUGACUAUCAAGUAGAUCAAAUGUACACAAAUUUCCAUGGUCUUCGGGACUACUACUCCCUUGUGAAAUACAUUGCCAUUCAAUCAUCGGAACAACUACAUGGAGACCCCGGGUCAAUUAUAGAGCAAGGGAUACUUCGCAACUUUGGAGGACUUAAACACGAGAUGUCUCAUAUCAUAAACAACUUCAUGGAAAAGAUUAACAUACUCCAGCAGCAUUCUUUACAACCAGGAACCAUGGAUUUGAUUAAGGAAAAUAUGGAUGAUGCGCACGCACGUCAUUUAAUGCUCAUCACUAGUGGGGAUUCGGCUCUCAACAUCUUGGAACAAACACUGAAGGACCGAGAUCAUGUUACGAUAUUUGGCAGCAGAUUUGAAAAUGACAUAUCAGAAGAAUACAGCUACACAACACUAAGUGAAAUUAUACUAUGUAUGGAACGUGGAGUGACCCUGGUGCUGAGAGAUCUGGAAAACAUCUAUGGAAGCCUGUAUGAUAUGCUAAACCAGAAUUACACCAUCGUAGGUAAGAAGAGAAACUGCAGAGUCGCCUUGGGCCCUUACAGCAAUCCAAUGUGCCAUGUUCAUAGAAACUUCAGAUGCAUAGUGUUGGUUGAUGAACAGAAGGUUGAUUACCAGAAUCCACCAUUCCUCAACCGUUUUGAAAAGCAGACACUGCGUUUCAAUGAUAUCCUUACGGACCACCAAGUGGAAACAAUAGGAUGUAUUCUUAGUUGGAUGAAUGAUAUUUGUUAUGUAGAAGGUUUUCAAUUUUCGCAAGAGAGCAUGUUCCUGGGUCUACAUAAUGAUACUCUACCAUCUUUAGUGUAUCUGCGAAGCAAAGACAGUGACCUUGUUGAUAUUAAACCACCUGAGUUGGCUAGACUGUGUCAAAAAGAUUUAAUGAGGGUGGCUUGCCCUGAUGCAGUAUUACGAGCGUCCAAAUCAAGGUUGGCAGAGAAAGAUCGUAAUGAAGUGGAAGCAUUCCAAAGAUCAUAUUUUGAACUUCCAAUGCAAAAUGGUCUGAGGGAAUUCUUUGAGAACCGUAUGCUUAGUCCACAUGGGUUAAAACAGCAGCUUUCAGAUCAAGAACGUGUUGAUGUCUCCAUAUCAUGCAGGUGUACACGUACUGUCAUAUACACACACAGUAGUAUACAUGCUGAUGUCAGAGAGUCUCUGAAUGAUCUUGUGACGGUACAGGUGGAGAAGUUGAGCAAGUUCAAGUCUGAAAGGCAGUUUGCUGCACAAAUGCACCACUUCUGGCAUGAGGCAGAUGAAGAGCUUCUUGUCCUGCAGUGCAUCACUUCUCAUGAUGCUGCACACAUGUUGUUGGCAAAGAACAGGAUUGACCAGUAUAGAAGCGAAUAUCUGAAUGUUAUUGAAGCAGAUCAUGAAUCGUCUGUCUUGAAACAUGCCUGCAUCAUUGUGCACAUAGAUCGAGGAGAGAAGGAAGAUGUUGAAAUGUUCCCCUGGCAGUUCAAUUUCCUUUGUGGUUGGGAGCAGUUCACUCUAGAUACACUGGAGCCUACCAAGCCACCCCUUGACGAUCUCCUGCAGGGUUCAGUGUCCGAAAUGCUAGCUGGGCUUGUAGACUUAGAUUCAAUUAUACAAGAGCAGCUGCUGUGGUCAUUCAGUUGCAUGAAAUACGAGAAUCAAUCUCGUGACGUUAACAGUGCAAUGAAGUUAGCAGCUGAUGUUGCUAAAUCUCACGACGUUGUAAGUUGCUUGAAGAUGCAAAUCUUAGAAUAUAUCAAGAAGUUGGAAAAGAAAUAUGAAAAUCCAUCUUUAGGGUCGUAUACCGGUUGGCAAGUCGAUGUAGCAUCAAAUCCUGACCUUCUAUAUAGAUGCUCUACCCUUGGUGGAGCCAUUUUAGAAUACAUCAAGCAAUGUGUGAAGGAGCCCUUGGCAAGAAGUAUCAUUCUUCUUGAGCGAUCAAGUGCAUGGACGGGAAGUCCUCUUUCUACAGACAUGCCAGAGGAUACAGUAGAAUUUUGGCAAACAUGUAUCUAUGACCAAGCUAUAUUUGACAUAACUGCAAAAGACAUUCCAGAACCACGUGGCCCAGAAUCUUGCUUGGUGGAUUGCAGAUUUCUAGAACUCAAAUACCCUUUCUUCAGAAUUUUCCACGAGAAGAUAGAGAGUAACAAAGACUGGCUCCUGCACGAAAGUCAUACACCCUCCAGCAGUGACCAUGACGAACGAAUGGAGUGUCUUAUUGAACAGCUUGCAGCCAUUGUUGCUCAGAUGCCGGAACUUCAUCAUGAGGAAUACUUCACAAAUCAUAUAGAAGAUUACAUACAUGACCUCUACAACACCGUAUCUUCUGAAUUUGCUCCUAAUAUGCCAUGUCACAUGAGAGUUGAGCUGAUGAAGUGGCUUCUAACUCAAGUUACACUUAAUGUAGAAACACGCGCUGAUGUGAAAUACAAAGUUGCCCGUGAAUAUGUGGCUAUUUGGCUGCAUAUGAAGCUUCUGGCUGCUGAAAUUCAGCUUAUGUCCAUAUAUAAAGACGUUACAGGCAGGGAUCCUAAGGGUUUGCUGGAAGAUAUACAGCGAAUGUUAGAUGGUGUUGCUGCACCUACACCUGACAAAACAGGUGACAAUGGUGAUGAUACAGAAGAUGAUGCUCCACACAAUGCCAAUGUUAAAGAUAGUGAUGAAGAUGUAGAAAUCCAUGAGGGUGAGUCAAUUGUAACUAACAAUGAAGCAGCUGAGGUAGAAGAUGUUGAUGUCACAAUCCACCCAAAUACCUCUGCCGAACCUAGAGAAGACAGUGCAGUCAGUGACACUAGUAAUGAUAGCGAAACUGCAGGUGGAGCUGAAGAUACAAAAGUAAUUCAGGGUGGUACAUCACUGGAAUCAAUUGAAAGAAAAAUAUCCAAAGACGAACCAUCAGAACAAAUUAACGAGUCUGGCUAUAGUUUGAUCAGUCCAAGUGAUGAACCGGCAGAAACAUUGCUAGUGACAAAGAUUUGCAAAGACAUAUUGCCUACCAAGCAAGUUCUUCAAGGUAGUGGUGGAGUAUGUGGCUGGCAGCGUAAUGCCAACUGUGUUUUGCUCCUAGCUGGGCAAGUUAGUGCUGACUCGGCCGUUCUGCACUUCCUCCGUCUUUGUCGCGAUUUUGUUGUAAUGUUGUCUGACAACUUCAACAUUACUGGAGAUUACCUUGUACAGUUGGGUGCUCUGGCGAGGCAUGUAGAAGAUCCUCUUGCAAGUGAGGAAGUUUUUGAGUUUAUCAUAGAGACUGUAGAAGCACUGCGUACAGAAACAGAAGUAGAAUCUCAUUUCUCAACUUUAGAUAACUUUCUCUCUUCAUACUUCGGCCUUUGUUUAGAAGCAGAUUUAGACACUCCUCUUCUCCCACAAAUUAUAGAUACCUUGUGUGGAACAUCGGGGAAGCUAAUUUUGGGAUCAAGACCAGUUCUGAUGGACAUCAUACGAAGUGACAUUGAUGCAGAACCAGACCAAGACUCGGACAUUAUGGUUGAAGCUCGUACACAUGGCUCUGUUUGCGAGCAAUUGAUUUUAUCAGGGGAACUUGACGAAGAGCAGUUUCCAAACUUGGCCUCAAUUGAUCAAAUUUUAACAGGACAGCAAGUAGAUAGUAGCCUAUCUACGGUGUGUUGUGACAUAAUUCAAGACGUAGCGUUUAAACACGUUACAUGUGAUUACAUCGCCAAUGUGCAGUCUGAUACUGACACUAUUUGGGAGAUUGCGUCCCAUGCAGUUCGGAUCAUAGAGGACAAAAAUGAAGAACAUAGCUCUCUCAAAUUUGCAGCAGCAGCAGCUUUCAUACGUGCUUUCAUAAAGGCAGCAGCAGAGUUGAUUCAUGUAUCAGAUGUUAAUUCCUUUAAAGCUGGAGACAAGUAUUUUGUGAUUGCGAAUAUGCUGAAUGGAUUGUUCAAGUUAGAGGAAAAUGGACGAUGUGAGAGUGGACACUCUCUACCACAAAUGUAUCUUUUGAAGUGCUUACGUGAAGCCCAACCGCUCUGUGAUCUCAGGAAAUUAUGCAGCCUACUUGCUGAUCCAAUUACGAACCUGAACAAAAUUGAAUGGCAAGAAAAUCUGUUCACAACACGGCUUGGAUACUCGCCAUUAACCUAUGUUGAUCACUACAGUGACGCCCUUGCUGCUAUUGCUGAGUGGCAAACCCAUCAGAAUAAGACAAAAAUGGAAGAAUUCUUAGCUUCUGCGCAAGCAAAUCCAUCACAUCGUUUAGCCUUCCUUGCAGCAGUUGCAAAUACUUUCUACUUCAUUCAGACCACACAAGGAUUGAAAGAUGUGGACAAACAACAGGCACUUUCUUUAUUUGAAUCUACGAAGGGUUUUAGUAAUGUUUACAGACAGUUUCUGGAAAGACUUCUUGGACUCGCUGACUUUACUGGCAUACUUCAUCUGUCAGAAUCAUCUCCUCAAGAAGAUAUAGAAAUUGCUUCAGUUGUGGUACAUUUAAACGCCAUCAUUCUGUCGUAUGCUGACAACAAAGGCAACAGUACAGCAUUUAUGACAUUUCUAGAUCAGAGUACUCCUAUCAGUAAAAUGGCUCUUCUUGUAUCGGAGAAACCAUGCACCGUCUUUAAGACACCGCAUGCUGAGAAACCAAAAUGCUAUGACUGUCAAUGUGGAUUGAAGAUGGUUGGCAAUACUGCAUCAGAUUUACCACCCAAAUGCCUUGUGUGUGAUAGAACACGUAAGCGUAACGAGAGUGUUAGUGAGGUUGAAUUACAUAGGGAAAACAUUCACAACUAUAUCCCGGAAUGGCUUCCGGCUAUCAAAUCUACAGAAAGUGUUCGUGGAUUGUCUCCAGUUGCAUAUCAAACAAUUAAUAUACUUGUACAUUCGUGCUUUUUAGCUGGAAUUUGCAGUACAAUCACCACAGAAAAACAGAUUGUAUUAUUGUCCAAUAUCCUAAAGAUGUUGAUGUUGUCACCGGAGGCUGGUGAUGAAGUACAAGGAGCAGCUGCAGCUUCUAAAAAAUUGACUCAAGACGGCAGUAAAGAAGGUGGUCAAGAUAUUACACCAACUGCACAAGAUGUAUCGGAAUAUAUAGCCACACGCCUGAAGGAGAACUGGUAUUUGAUUCGAGAUGCCAUUCAAUUGAACUUUGAAAGUGUGUCCAUCUUUCUUCAUCGUGUCAUACGUGCUUGCAAACAGGAGAUAGUUUCACAUCCCUAUCCCAAAUGUUUGAAAGACAAGGAAGCACUUGAGGAUGCUCUCUCCAAUAUCAUCAUCUUUGAAGUUAAAGAUAUUCCAGGAUGUCUUUUGCAACAGAAGCGCGAUUGUUUGGAAGCUGAAGGCGUAGACAUCAACUGUCUUGAAUCAAAAUUGGAAGAGUUAGAUGACGUCCAAGCCAUCUCAUAUGAAGCUGAAAAUCCAGACAAGGAUGCUGAUGAAACGAACAAUAUAACAAACAUCCAUGUACGCUGUCUUCUCCGAAGAAGACAGGAAGCUUCACUUCAUAAUUUCAGGUCCCAAUUCGCUAAUAUGUGCCAAAGUAGUGAGAAUAAGUAUCCAUUUUUGCAGUUGUGUCUUUCCAAGCUAGAAAUCAUUAAAUAUGUGCGGUACCUUCCUGAUUUUCUGAAGUGGAAUUCGGUAGUGAUAGGACGACUUAAUCACGUGAUCAAAAGAGAUGAAGCAAAACGGAUGAAAGUUGGUGAUUUCUUAUCCAAUGACCGCUUCCAUCCGAAUGAAACGGCAAAGAAGACAGCUACUAAUGCUUUCACUGCAUUCCAAAAGGCAUGGAAUCAAGUCCGUGAUGGGUGGAGUAAACUUACUGGCGCAAGUCCAGAUUUCGACAACAUGACCUUCUCAAGUAACAUCACAGAGUGCGUAGUUGACAAGAAGGAUCCAAACUGCGACAUGCGACAAAUGAUAAGGAUCUUACUGGAUGUACAGAAUGCAUUUUUGAUGGAUGCAUUGGCUAUAGCGAUAUAUGGCCGUUGCCCAGCUCUGCUAUUUCUCAUCAAAGAUGAAGGUGUUGCUGGAAUUCAAACAAUGCCUCUGUAUAGAGCAGGGCCAUCAAUCAUCGAGUUUGAAUGGUCGAAUAAGCUACUGGUAUUUCAUGAUAUAGGGACAGAGUACGGCCAUGGAAGCGUUAUCAGAUACAAGUACACCGUCAUUGAAAGGGAACUUGCACGCAUUCUAGUGCUGAACAAAGCGUAUCUCGUAGAAGGUUCAGCACUGACACAGUUUGCCUACUCUGACGAGUUGUUCCAUGCUUGCUCCGUUAUUCUGUCUGCGAUUGGUAGUACAAUCUUUCAACGCAAGCUUCCAAAGGAACUAAUCAACUCCAUCAUGAGAGAACAAGACCAUCGGCAGACAUUCGCUAAAGAUAUGCUAGAUCACCUUGAGGUAAUUCUUGUUCUGUUGAAGAAGACUGGAGGCGAUCCAGGGAGUUCACUCCAUGAAUACAUUAAACGGUGGCAAACACUGCUUCCUGAAUCAUUCCCAGAUAAUCUUCUUCCAGAACCAAGAGAUGGCGUGAAGCUGCAGCAUGUUGUGCACCUCUACGAAAUCUUGGAAGAUCUUCUUGUAGAUGCUGUUGUGGAGUCAUUACGUGAUGAUUUCAGAAGUGAUAUUCCUGAACGUUCAGCAGAUCAUCUAGGACAGAAACUAAAACCAUUGACAGGAGACCAGCUUGAAGAAUCUGCUGCUACAUUACGUCGAUUCAUUUUCCGGUUUCUUCGUUCUGGCACCAAGACAGACACCAACUCAAACCUAAAAGACUUGAUAGUGCGAUCUGCACAAGAGACAAUGGACUGCACCGUUUUUACAGAUUUGUUGCAUUAUGAACUGGAAGUCAAACAUGUUGUGAAGAUCUUGGAGUUUAUUGACAAGCAGAUAGAGCAACGGAAAGAUGCCUACCGCAAGAAGGAUAUCCAACAAAGCCGACCCAGAGUUAGUGCAAGAGGUGCUGCAUCUACUGGAGGGAAAACAAGGCCGAAACGACGCGGUGGCAUGGGAGGUGUUUCUUAGAAUCCAAUUGCGUUCACGUUCAAGUCAAUCACUAAAUAGCAACAACACUUAUAAUGUACAGUGAGAAACAAAUGUUAUAUGAGAUAUAGAAAACCAACAAAGCGAUGCCUCCUUUACAAAAAUAUUAUAAAAAUUACAGAAUAUUUAACAUACUGUAUAAUUCUGUAUUAGCCAGUGAAACUUACUGAGAAGAUAAUUUAAACAGAUAAAAAUUUCGUGAAUUAUAUCAAAGAUGAAACGUAUAAGGACAUACAGACAAACAUGGAGUAGCUGAUAAUGCAUUGCCUAAAAAAAGCCAAGAAUAUGAGGCGAGAAGAAAAAAUCAGCUACAGAAUUCAAAUUAUGUAUGUAUACUAUGAUGAUAAUUUGUUUCUAUGAACAAUGUACACACCCACACACACACACACCCACACACACCCAUGCACACACACACACACACACACACACAUAUAUAUAUAUCCAAGUAAAUUAAAGUUGUUGCAUAGCCAAAAUUAUAUAUAAAAUGAAGUCAAACAAAGUUCUGUAUCUGUCUCAAAGUAAAAUUGUUAUUGUACUUUUCACCAUAUAGGUCAUCAUUGGCACCUAUUUUUUCCACACUCGCAGAUUCAUCCUCUUUAACGUUUAAAAAUGUAUUUAUAUAUAUCUACAGCAUUGCGCAAGACGAUUUAGAGUUAAUCUUCAUCAUAUCUAUUAUCAUACUAGCAUACUCGAUGAAGGUAUCCACUUAAAAUAUCAAUGUAUCAGUUAUAUCAAUGUCUUGCAGUACUUUGAUAUGUCAAUCAUAAGUAUAUGGAAGUAGAUAAUUAUUGUAAUAUUUUUAUAAUUACAUUAGUGUUUUAAAAAUUAAAAAAUGAAUCAAUGAAAGAUUUUAGUCCUACUCUCUAAAUGCAAGAGUGAAAGAGUGCCUACAGUAAUAAUCCUGAUAUUCACUAUAUUUUGAGUGAAUUUUUCACUAUCUUAAGAAUAUUAUUUACUGAUUUAGGGGUAAAUGUUCAUUCAGAUUGUUGUUAAUUCGUUUACUAUCAAGUCAUUUUAAUAAAUGUUUCUUCAAUAUUUGUUUUAAUUUUGUGUAUUCUGGUUGUUUGCUCAAUUGUUUUCUCAAAUGUUCUCAUCUAAUGUUACUAUUUGCAUAUAGCCACUUCUAAUAUUAAACUAGAAUCUACAUCCAGAGUAAUAAUAGUAAUAACAAAAAUAUAAUUUAUAAAAUAUUGAAAACAUAAAUUGUAUGAAAAAGAAUAGUAAAGCACUAUUUCAAGUCAAUAAUUUAAUAUUGAAAAAUAUGAUUCUAUAUAUAACACAUUAAGCAAUGGAUUGUUUGUACACAACAAAAUGAAUUAAACAUACCCCAGUGAUAGAUUUUCUUAUUUAUGUUCUAUGUUUAUUUUGAAAAUCAUCGACAACUUGCACUUGUGGGAUUUUCUACUCUUACAAUAAAAUAUUUUUGUUUUCUUAUAAACUAAUAUAAAAUAUGGAUACAAAAAAUGGCACCUAUAAAAAAAUGUUUUUGGGUAGAAAAUAAUAUUUAUAUAGGCCUAAAUACACUAUGCUACUUUACAAAGUACUGUAUAGUACCAUCUGAGGAAGAUGAGGGUGUAUAUGAAGGCAUCGUGACUAGAAGAAUUUGAUGAAGCAAUACGAAAAAUUAAGUUAAAUAAAGCUCCAGAAUGUGACGGUCUGGCCAUAGAGUUUUUUUUACUUAUUUUUGAAAAGAAAUUAAAGAAAUUGUUUGUAAUGCAAUUAAUGAGGGUUAUUUUAAAAAUUAAAUGAGCCUUACACGGAAACGGGAUGUAAUAAAUUUAUUAUACAAAAAGGUGGAUAAACAAUUAUUAGAAAAUUGGCGUCCUAUCACAACACGGAUUAUAAGAUUUUAACACAAAUUUUAUGUUCAAGACAUCAUAAAGUAAUUGAAAGUGUUAUUAACAAUUACCAAAAAGGAUACAUUAAAGGGCGCUUUGCUGGGGGAAAAUAUUCUACUAAUUAAUGAUGUUCUUCAAUAUACGGCUGAAAAG